AUGCGGACCAUCUGGCGCGAUAAUCUCGGUCGCUACACCGUUUCAGAUGAUGAAGAUGUUGAGCUGAUCACAUUGAACUCUCGUAAGGACACCGAAUCUGGUAAGGACACUCGCAUGUACAUUAGCGCAAUUCCCGUCGUACUUCCCACUGGCACUAUUGCCAAGGGCGUCAUGCAGGGACAACUCACUACUCCCGCGCGUAAGACUAUAGAUGGUAGUAGCUUGGAUGAUACUGCUGUACAAGUUGAGACUGCAGAUGUCAAGACUGCAGACAAAGGUGUACAGGCAAACCUGCCACCCCCUCCCGCCGACCUUGCCAACCACAAUUGGGGUCUGUGGUCGCCGCCUACUCGUAAUUCUCCGGAGAAUGACAAGACCGCAGACAAAGAUGAAAAGGCAAAUCUGCCACCCCAUCCCGCCAACUUUGCCAACCGCAAUUGGGGUCUGUGGUCGCCACGUACCUAG